AUGAGAUUGCUCCCAUUGAUACUUGCAGUGAUCAUUUGUCUACUUUUGUUUUGGGCUGCAGUCGUGAUAGUACUUUCAUUAAUACCUGUGUAUCUUAAUAAACGUGGUGCAGGCAUCGUGACGAACGACGCUCCAGAAGCUUGUGGAACAACGCUACGUUACGUCACAGGCAGGAUAUUUAGGAAUAAUCGGAAGCCAACUGUCGUCAAUGUUAAUGAGAUAGCUCGACAAUUAGAAGCAGCCUAUGGUAUCAACCCAAACACGAUCCGUAUUACUAGCAUUGUCGUCUACAGUGGUGGAACAGGUGGUGUUAUUGUUGGUCGUCGUCGUCGUGAACUUGACAGAAAAAAACGUCAAAUACCUAGUUGUGAUCAGUUGGGAUCUGAUAUGUUAAUUGUGGAAACAACAUUUUGUAUAAUAUAUCCAAGGAGGUGUGGCGUAUCUGUAUCUUGCAAACAAAAAUUUAUCAACAAUAUUCAAACUAAGCUUGCUAGAACGUUUUCAAGUUUGGUACUGGAAUUCAAAUUUGAUGAUGAAACGUUUGAUGUACUUGAUUUGACCAGUUGCCCGACACCAGCACCAUCAUCGUCCGAGGUUAUACUUAGUGGACCACAAGGUAAUAAGUAUUAUGUUUGA